UGUCAACAAGCAUGUGGUGUAGGUUGUUUAACUUCAUAUUGUGGCAAAGAAGACGGAUCAUGCAGUUGUCAUGAGAACUUUGAUGGAAGGAAAUGCAAUUUAUGCAAAAACGGACUGUAUGGAUUGCUAUGUGACUUGCAUUGUUCAGAUCAGUGUGUUGGAGGUAUAUGUUCAAGAAUCGAUGGCGCAUGCACAAACGGUUGUAAUUUUGGAUACUCCGGAAAUAAUUGCACUACGAAAUGUGAUUCGGACUGUAAGUCAUGUCUACAGAAUGAUCAAUCAUACUGUACAUCAUGCUCAAAUGGAUACUCUGGCUCAACAUGCAAGUGUCCACCUAAUUGCGACUGCAAUGGAGGGGAUUAUUGUAACGAUUGCUUAGAUCAGUGGAUGAAUCCUGGAUAUCAGUGUAAAUGUCAUAAGAUAUACUGUACUAAUAAUGCCUGCACCACAUGCCUCAGUAGUACUUUCUUUCUUACUAGCAGCGAUAAUUCAUGUUGUGAGUGCCCUCAAAAUUGUAAAGGUGCUUUCUGCACACGUGGACCCCAGUGCACAAGUGGGUGUGCAGACGCAUUUUAUGGCAUGGAUUGCUCUCAGAAAUGUACCGAUAUUAACGCUGAAUGCUUUAUAUGCAGUCAAUACGAUGGAAUGUGUUUGGUGUGUAGGGAAGGAUUUUACCCGAAUGAAACUGGAAAUUGCAUUAGUUGCAACGAUAACUGUAAAAAUGGGCAGUGUGAUUCUGAUACCGGCAGAUGUAUAAAAGGCUGUGAAGGAACAUUUUGGGGAGACAAAUGUGACAUUCUGUGCAGUUCAAGUUGUGAAACUUGUCAGCAAGAAUCUGGAAUCUGUUUUUCAUGUGUUGAGCAAACUGUACAUGGGCUAUUCUGCAAUGAAUCAUGCAUCUCAUCAUGCUUUGAAGGAAAGUGCGAACAAAUAACUGGUCUUUGUUCUCUUGGGUGCGAAAGAAAUUUCUUUGGCAAUAUGUGUCAAACGAAUUGCCCUGAAAAUUGCCUGCAAACUGAAACAAAAACGAGUUGUAAUACCGAUGGCGACUGUUUGUAUGGCUGCAUUAAUGAUCUUGAAGGCAGAUAUUGUACCGAAAGACGAAUUUACAUUACUUCUUCCACAAAUAUUGCACUCGCAGCUUUAGUGGGAGUGUUUGCUACUUUGUUCAUUUCAACAGCUGCUGGUUGCUACCUGUGGAACAGACGAAGAUCUAAACCAAUAGAACAAAGUUCGGAAAUACAGUUAGAUCAGAUUGAAACCGAAAAGGCAUAUGAGCAGCUCCAAAGACAGGCAAUCGAACCAAUAUACAGGAAUGUUGACGAUAAUUAUACUGUGCUUUCAAUUUAGAAGUUCGACGAACUGAUAUUUCUCAUUUGAUACUGAAUAUAGGACAUAGUCCGCUUAAUAUUGACAUAUUUUGCUACUUAGUAUAAAGCUACAAUCUCAGUUUUAAAAUGUAUCGUGUGUAGGUUAUUACAGAAACAUUUAUAUUUAUUUGUUCGUCUUAUGUUUCGUCAGUUUUAUGCACGAUAUAAAACCCGAAGUAUGUUUUAUGCGGAAUACCGACUGACCGACAAUACAAGCAGUACUCAUUAUGACAGAAAUGAACAUAAUUAAAACAUAAACUACGACAUAAACAGGUGACUAUGACGGUGUCGCAACCAUCAGACUUUGUAAGUUGUGCGCGUUAUAAAGCAUUGUAAAGGUCUGCAGCGCAAUUGCACACCGUAUUCUAAUUAUCGAUACAAUAUUUAUAUGAACGACUUCAAGCACAGAAGUCGAACGUUUUAACAUAAACAACGAGUCAACAGAGUCAACGCCAAAUACAUAUAACAUAAAAACAAACCUGAUUAGCUUCACCUGACUUAAGAUUUGUUUUUAUUCUGAGAUGGUUCUCUAUUCAGAGUAACCAAGCUCGAAACGAUGUUUAAAAUCAUUUCCUAUUUGUGUGCGUGCACUAAUUUUUGGUAUUGCAAUAUAAAAUUCGGUAAGUCUACGACAAUAAUGGCGAGUAGCCAGGAAACUUUAUUUGUUAAUAUAGUUUAUAUGUUUAUAUAUUAUAAGUUAAGAUAACGUGGUUUGUCUGAUUGGGGGAAGCGGGAUUACUGACUUAAGAAAGAGCGGAAAUUAUCCCGAUUGAAAACGGGCAGCGUGUGGUAUGCUGCGCCAUGGUACUGUGCUUGGCCACUGUUGUUACUAUUCUUUCAUUUGAAACACAGUACCUAGAAGGGUGAUGACUGUUACAUAUUAGGCAAGUGUGUUAAAAUUUGCUGUGUUGUGGCGUUGCCGUUGAUUAUAAUAAUAAAACA